UUGUUCUUAUCUUUCCUUCGGCUGAAGCGGAGUGUCACUAUUUAUUUGCUAAGAUACCAUCAUGUCGACUCAGCGUCUGAAUAGUGUCUUGCAGCCCGAGUGGAAAUAUGGCAUCUUGAAAAACUCAGUUUUUGAGCUUUUGGGUGGUUGACGAUGACAUGUAGAGGAACUGUAGUGUGAUGAUAAACAAGAAAAACACCGGAGAUGCAGAAAGACUGAUUGUUUCGUUUUGAGAUAUUGUUUUUAAAUUCAGAGGAAUAAGUGAGGUGAAAAUCAAGAUGACUGACAAUGGGGAUCUUUGUCCUCACUUGGACUCUAUUGGUGAAGUUACUAAGGAGGAACUGAUUCAGAAAUCAAAGGGCACAUGUCAGUCAUGUGGAGUUGGUGGACCCAACCUCUGGGCAUGUCUACAGUGUGACUGUCCCUAUGUAGGCUGUGGAGAAUCAUAUUCUGAUCACAGUACUAUACAUGCACAGGCCAAAAAACACAAUCUGACAGUAAACUUGACCACAUUCAGGGUGUGGUGUUAUGUAUGUGAGAGGGAGGUGUUUCUGGAACCAAAGCCUGUUACUCCUGUAUCAUUAGCUCACUGCUGCAAACCACAUGAACAGGAUCCUCUUCCCCAGACAACAUGUUACCCGUUAAAAGUAGUGCCUAUCGCAGUGGCAGAUGAGGAAGGCUCAGAAUCUGAGGAGGAUGAGCUCAAACCUAGAGGUCUCACAGGGAUGAAGAACAUUGGGAACUCCUGUUACAUGAAUGCUGCACUGCAGGCCCUGUCCAAUUGUCCUCCUUUGACUCAGUUUUUCCUGGAUUGCAGUGGGUUGGUCCGUACGGAUAAGAAGCCGGCGUUGUGUAAAAGCUAUCAGAAGCUUAUCUCUGAGCUCUGGCACAAGAAACGGCCAAGUUAUGUUGUGCCCACUAGUCUGUUUCAUGGAAUCAAACUGGUGAACCCCAUGUUUCGUGGCUAUGCUCAACAGGACACUCAGGAGUUUUUGCGAUGUCUGAUGGACCAACUUCAUGAGGAGCUGAAGGAGCCUUUGAACGACUGCAGCGGUGCAAUCUCAGAUGUCCUGCCUGACCACAACCUCGACAACCGUAAUCAUGUCGAUGGAGACCGAAGCCCCUCUGAGGAUGAGUUCCUGUCGUGUGACUCUGGAUCAGGAAGCGAGAGAGGAGAUGGAGAGAGGGCAGGAGGAGAAGCAGAGCUGCUCAUCCAAGACGAAUGUGUGAGAGUGAGAGGAAAUGGAGGAAUCUCGGAGAAAGAGAGGCUGAAGGAGAGAAGAGGAGAAGAGAAGACACGGGAAAUGGAUGAGGAUGCAGAUGUGGACACGGCUGCACAAGAGGGACAGGCAGAGAGAGAAACAGAGCCAACAACUGCAACCACAACUGUGCCGGCACCAGGAAAUAUAGAACCUGAUCAUGAAGCUUCCAUGCAUUGUCCGUCCUCUCGUCCCUGUAGCCCCACUCGCAGUGUGCAAGAACUCCACUCCAGACUCUCCAGCAGCCCACCUAGAUCCAGCCCCCUCAGAGCUGGACCCACUUAUACAGUCAAGAGAGCUCAGAUUCUCCUGAGCACCAAGAAGAAGAAGCAGUCCCGUUUCCGCAGUGUUAUUUCAGAUAUCUUUGAUGGAUCCAUUCUGAGUCUUGUUCAGUGUUUGACAUGUGACCGGGUUUCAACAACUGUGGAGACCUUUCAGGACCUGUCUUUGCCUAUUCCGGGUAAAGAGGAUUUGGCCAAACUCCAUUCCUCCAUCCACCAGAGUGCUCCUGUUAAAGCUGGUGUCUGCACGGAUGGCUAUGCUGCCCAGGGCUGGAUCUCCUACAUCAUGGAAUCUAUACGAAGGUUUGUAGUGUCCUGUAUUCCGAGUUGGUUUUGGGGCCCAAUGGUAAUGCUGGAGGACUGCCUGGCAGCCUUCUUUGCUGCUGAUGAGCUGAAAGGAGACAACAUGUACAGCUGUGAACGAUGUAAAAAAUUGAGAAAUGGUGUGAAAUAUUGUAAAGUUCUGCGUGUGCCAGAAAUAUUGUGCAUUCACCUGAAGCGUUUCAGGCAUGAAGUCAUGUACUCAUUCAAGAUAAAUAGCCACGUGUCAUUCCCAUUGGAGGGUUUGGAUCUUAAGCCCUUCUUGGCUAAGGAGAGCCCAUCUCAGAUUACUACCUAUGACCUACUGUCUGUCAUCUGUCAUCACGGCACUGCUGGGAGUGGUCACUACAUUGCGUACUGUCAGAAUGUGAUCAAUGGACAGUGGUACGAAUUUGACGAUCAGUAUGUAACAGAAGUGCAUGAGACGGUAGUGCAGAACGCUGAAGCGUAUGUUCUCUUCUACAGGAAGAGCAGUGAAGAAUCUGUGAGAGAGAGACAGAAGGUUGUCGCUCUGGCUAAUUUAAAGGAGCCCAGUCUGCUGCAGUUCUACAUCUCCAGAGAAUGGCUCAACAAGUUCAACACAUUCACUGAGCCCAGCCCCAUCACCAACCACACUUUCCUCUGUCAACAUGGAGGAAUCCCUCCUACUAAGUACCAUUAUGUGGACGAUCUGGUUGUGAUCCUUCCCCAAAAUGUGUGGGAAUAUCUCUACAACAGGUUUGGGGGAGGCCCGGCUGUGAAUCACUUAUACGUGUGUGCCAUCUGCCAAGUAGAGAUCGAGACUUUAGCCAAACGCCGGAAACUGGAGAUAGACACCUUCAUCAAGUUAAACAAGGAGUUUCAAGCUGAAGAAGCGCCUACAGUCAUCCUGUGUAUCAGCAUGCAGUGGUUUAGAGAAUGGGAGAACUUUGUCAAGGGCAAAGACAACGAGCCACCAGGCCCCAUUGACAACAGCAAGAUUGCAGUAAUGAAAGGCGGACAUAUCCAGCUUAAACAAGGCGCAGACUAUGGGCAGAUAUCUGAAGAAACGUGGCAGUACUUGUUAAGUAUUUAUGGCGGUGGGCCAGAGAUUGCAGUGCGGCAAACCAUCAGCCCCCCAGACAAUGACACACAUGGUGAAAGGAAGAUAGAGGCAGAGACCAGAGCCCUCUGAAAGGGUAAUGAAGACCCAUGUGUGGAUGACCGUUACACACUGCGCUUACAUUUCUGUCUCACAAGCACUUUGUGAGCUUUUCUGUGGAUCUGCUAACUCUGACAGAGCUCUCCUAGUGUAGGAAAGGGUCUUAUUUAUUAAGUGAGUAAAUCUGUUAUCAGACACGCACAUAAAACAUAUUUAACAUUCAUGAACAAGCUUCAUUCAUGCGUGCUGGUGAUAUGCUUGUUGCUGUCGUCAGUGGGACUAAGGGCGGUGAUGUAAGCCUUUCUCAGUAGUGCAGAGGUAAAUACAUAAUGCAUCACGCAGGACACAUUCAAAUCUUUGUAAGAGCUCUUUGCUGACGUCUACCUAGGCAAAAUAAGACUUGAACUUAGUACCUGCAUGUUCAAAGAAGCUUUCCCUGCCACCCAAAUCCACUAUAUCACUAUGAAAUCAAGCAUGUUGACACUUUGAGUUUUUUGCGAUGAAUCAUAAUGGUGGUGAAGGAUUAAACUUUCACUAUUUCACAUCAAAGUGAGUUCUGUUUACGUUCCAGCUCACUUCCUAUACCUCCGUGAUUUAUGAAAACUAUUUACGAUUUCUGAUUCAUCUUAAGUAGCAACAGGCUGUGAUGUCAUAGGUGACUUUGCCUUUUCAUGUUGAUGAUAGAAGUUUUCUUUAAUCUAGGACUGUUUACUCAAAUGCUACUGAAAUUUGACUAUCAUCAUACAAUAUAAGAUAAUAUUUAAUAUUAUAAGCUCAGGAUGCGUUUUUUUUUUCUGCCAUUAAAUAUUACAUUUUGUUUUAAUGCACUUUACAAUCCUCUGUUUUGGCAUAGCUCCAUGCUCUGCCCCAAUCAAAGGAAGUGAAUCUUUAAUGGAUAUCCCCAUUUCAGUGCCCCAACUGACACAGGGUUGCGCAAGCUACUAUAUUUGUUCAGUAUUAAAUGGUCCUCCAAAUUUUCUCUUAUUUCCUUAGACUGGCAAAAACAUAACUACUUACUCAAAUGCUUGAUGUGCUGUCUGUUAAAAGCUGCAUCAUGUAUAUGUUACAAUGUUUUAAUGAUGCAGCACCACAGCCCCAAAUGAAACUAACGUAACGUAAACUACAUUUCACUAAGGGAACGUGCAAUGAGGCGUAUCAGAUGUGUUACAAAAUGUUAAUAGAAUGCUGUUAUACUAGUUUAAGUAUGUCUUUUCAGAUGUAUUCUUUGUACAUAAUAAAAUGUAACAGUUUUUAUUUAAGAAAUGUCUUCUUUUCUCAUAAGCAGGUCAGAAUUGUGCAGAAUUGCUGAGUAAGCAAUAGUCCGUUACAUAUUUUGUUGCAGGAACUUAAAAUUCCUAGGUAACUUCUGAUGUAAUGUCUUUUUAACUUAAGUGAUUUAAAUGUUAAGAUCUGUCUGAUUUGACAAAUAGAAAAAUAAAGCCUGU